AUGCUACAGCAGUUUGCGCUGAACAAGAACCCAUGGACAAAGAGUAACGUGAUGUCAGACAACGAACCUGCUGCUUUCCACGUGCAUCCUGGGGGCAUCCACGUGCUGCCCAUGUUUGAGAUUAAGCCACCCACUGGAAAAACAGCUGAUGGCUCUUACCCUGCAGAGGGAUCCAGGGAGAGAGAAAGGAGCCCUCCUGACAAGAGUCUCCACCAUCAAAAGCAGCGAUCUCCAGGCAACUUGACAGGGGCCAAGGAGGCAAAAGGGGGACGAGACAGUAGAAAGAGGCCUGUGCACAAUGGAAAGCUUAAUCAGCUGUUAGCCAGACUGAGCGCAGAGUUCCAGUCUGAACACGGGAGAGACUUGGGAGAAGACAUGGCUAAGAGGCAAGAGAAAGAAGGGAGUCCUUUUGAAAAGACUCUCCUUUAUCUUAGGAAGCUUUCCCCCAUGACAAUAGCUGGUCUGAAAAGAAAGGAGGGCAAGGCUGAGCAAGCCCUGGGAGUCAAGCCUCCUCCAGCAAGGUCUGAGUUUGCCCAAGCACAAUCUGGCACUAAGCGGCCUCUCAAGUCGCUCCAGCAGCAACACGUGGAAAAAGGCACAGGGAGUCCUCCUGAGAAGACUCUCCUUCAAAGGAAGCUUUCCCCCGUGACAAUAGCUGGUCUGAAAAGAAAGGAGGACAAGGCUGAGCAAGCCCUGGGAGUCAAGCCUCCUCCAGCAAGUGUACUACCGGUGACUGAGGGGAGCUCUGUGCAGGAGGGGAAGAGCAAAACGACUGGUCAAGGCAAACCAAGAUCUGAAAUCCCUGUUUGCAAAGGCCAUCAGAGAGUGGGACAGGAGGUAUGCUACCUGUGCAGGCAGCAAGAGGAGCGAAAUCUCCAGGCAGCCUUGCUGGAAGAGAAGGAGAAGCAAGAAAGGGCUGAGCUGGCAGAACAGCAGGCCUGGCAGGCUCACAUGGCUGCCCUGAACACCCAGGUACUGGCUGCACUUUCAGCCACGCAGAGGGACGGCAUUUCUCUCCCCCAGGCAGGGCUGGCGGUGUGGAGGCCUGCAAGGCAGAGCUGUGUUGUUUCCCUCAAAUUGGGGCAAAACGAAUGUUGGCUGGGCUGGGCUGGGCUGGGCUGCACAGGGAUAUUUUCUUUGCUGGACACCCAAGCCAAAACGCACUCUUUAUUUCCCCACACAUGGCAGAGGGGAGCGUCUGCUGUCUUGAAGGGGGUGCCUGACAAAAGAAAGGCAAAGGGGGCUCUAGAAGAGGGACGAGACUACCAGGUAAGAAGAUCAUAAAAAAAGAAACCAAGAGUUCCCUGGCAGGAAACUGCUGCAGCUCGGCUGUGCCACUUGGGAAGCGCAGCGAGCCCCUGGCCCGAG